AGAUUCUUAGUAAAAAAAUUAAAAAUAUGAAGGGUGCAUACAAGAGGGAACUGUCAAAGCUGCAAAAAUCAAAGUUGUCUGGAGUGGGCACCAAUAAUGUGCACAAAAUCAGAUUUCCGUACUUCAAGGAGAUGGAUUUCCUUAGGGACUCCAUGCAGGCAGAUGAAAGUAAGGAUACCAUCAACCUCAGCAUCUCCCUUGAAAAUGACAAGUGUAGUCAACCCAUAGUUACAGAAGAAAGAGAGGACUUGAUGUGCACUGAAGCAAGUAAGUUCCAAGAGUUAUCUUUUACCAUAAUUCAAAGCACAGAGCCAAAUACCCCGUCAUGUAGCCAUGACACAAUGAACUCAGUAAGUAAUUCAGUAAUGCCAACAAACAGUCAGUGGUCAAGUCCUCAUCCGAGGGACGAUGGAGUUACAGUCGACAGACAGGAGAAUAAAAGAAAGCGACAGAAGACAUCGCUUGUGUCAUCUCCCUCUCUUCAGUCCGAGCUAUAUAAGAAGGCUGUGGACUACCUGGCAAACAAGCAAAGCAACACCCCAACAUGUGUAGAACAAAAUUUCGGUAACCACGUCACUCUCAGCUUAAUGAAUAUUAGUGAAGACUUGUGGGAAGAAGCAAAAUAUGAAAUACAGGGUAUCUUGUUGACAUAUUACAAACAGUCAAGGACCAAUAAGCAAUAAAUUAGCAUUUUGUUGGCAAUAAAGUAGACUACUGUAACA